AUGAUAAAGCUGGAACUUAUGGGCACCAAGACUCAAGAGAGAGCCAACAGAGAAAAGUCUAAAUACAACCAGACUCAGAUUAAAGAAGUCAUCCUAUUGGGAUUCCAAAGCACCAAAGACAUCAACGUUCUUGUCUUAGUUUUUCUUUUUAUAGUUUACAUUUUGACUCUUGGUGGAAACCUCCUGAUCAUCACACUGGUGUCCUACAGCAAGACCCUCCACACUCCAAUGUACUUCUUCCUCAUCCAAAUCUCUAUAUCUGAUAUUAUGCUAACCACAGACAUUUCCCCAAACUUUCUUUAUAUUUUACUUCAUGAAGGUGAAACAAUGAACUUUACAAGCUGCAUUUUCCAGUAUUAUAUUUUUGUAAUGACUGAAUGUACCGAGUGUCUUCUUCUGACAGUGAUGUCGUAUGAUCGGUAUUUGGCCAUCUGUAACCCACUUCAAUAUAUUUAUAUAAUGAACGAGUCAUUGUGUAUAAAGCUGACCAUCAUUUCUUGGUUGUCGAGCAUUUGUUCCAUGAUGAUCAGCACAAUAACAAUUGCUGGUCUUGAUUUUUGUGGACCAAAUAUAAUUGACCAUUUCUUCUGUGAUGUUUCACCACUGCUAAAACUUUCUUGUUCCGAUACAUUCUCGGUUCAGUUAGAGAUGAUUUUGCUUAGUGUGCCUAUUCUCUUUUUGCCCUUUUUAUUUAUUGUGAUAUCGUAUAUAUUUGUUAUUUUUGCCAUAUUAAAAAUCCCAUCCAGUACUGGAAAACAGAAGGCUUUCUCCACCUGCAGUUCCCAUGUGAUGGUGGUCUCCCUAUUUUAUGUAACAUUGAUUGUUAUUUAUGACCUUCCAACUAGUGGGCAGUCAUUGACCAUAAGCAAAUUAAUGUCACUGCUCUACACUGUGGGCACACCAUUGAUGAACCCAAUUAUAUACAGCUUGAGGAACAAAGAUGUGAAAUUUGCUUUUAAUAAGUUAAUAAGGAAUUGUAUGAACUUAUAG